AUGUAUCUACCAGUUCAGGCAACCGAGCAUCCGGUAGCGGCGAUUGCCCUCGCCGGCCUCGUCGUCUACUACCUGGUCGUCAAGGUUCAAACAUACUAUCGGCUGAGGGCGUUCAAGGGCCCAUUCAGCACCGGUUUCUCCGAGGUCUGGCACAUGUCUGCCAUCUUUGGCAAGCAGGCACACCUCAAGUACAAGGAGACCGUCGACAAAUAUGGACCGAUUGCGCGCAUUGGCCCCAACGACUUGAUCACGUCGUCGCAGGAGCUGCUCGCGCACAUGAACGGCGUGCGGUCCGAGUACACGCGUGCCGACUGGUACUACCUCGGCGGCAGGUUCCGGCCGGGCAAGGACAACAUCUUCAGCCAGGUAGACGAGACGCAGCACCAGCGGCGUCGCCAGCAGAUGCUGCCGGGCUACACGGGCAAGGAGAACCUCGAGCUGGAGGGGUCGAUGGACGCGCGCAUCGUCGAGUUCAUGGACCUGAUCCGGCGCAAAUACCUGUCAACCGAAUCCCAGGCCCGGCCGGUCGACCUGACCAUCAAGAUCCAGUACUUUGUGCUCGACGUGAUCACAUCGAUCGGGUUCAGCUCGCCGCUGGGCGACCUGAUCGCCGACGCAGACCUGCUCAACUACUCCAAGGCGACCGAGACGGCCAUGGGCGCGGCCGUGUACCUCACGGGAUCCGGGCUGGCAAAGCGGCUGGCGCGCAUGCCGUGGCUGAUAAAGCUGGUCGGGCCGUCGGAGCACGACGCGCAGGGGAUGGGGCGGCUCGUGGGCAACGCGCGCGAGAUCGUGGCGGCGCGGGUGGCGCGCGGCGACAUGGAGACGCGGUCCGACAUGAUGGCGUCGUUCUCGCGCCACGGCCUGACGCCCGACGAGCUCGUCACCGAGUGCCAGCUGCAGGUGCUCGCGGGAUCGCACACGACGGCCGCGUCGCUGUGGACGCUGAUGCUGUACGUGACGACGCACCCGCGCGUGCUGGCGCGGCUGCAGGCCGAGAUCGACGGCGCGGUGCGCGACGGGCUCGCCCCGGACGUCGUCGCCAACGGCGAGCUGAGCCGGCUGCCGUACCUGCAGGCCGUCAUCCGCGAGGGCCUUCGCAUCCGGCCGCCCGUGACCAACAUCGACCCCAAGCGCGUGCCCGACGGCGGCGACACGGUCGUGCUGGACGGCAAGCCCGUGUUUCUGCCCGGCGGGGCGAACAUCGGCGUGUCCGUGUGGGCAAUCAACUUCGACAAGACCGUGUUCGGCGACGACGUCGACGAGUUCCGCCCCGAGCGCUGGCUGCUGGAGACGGACGAGAAGAAGCUGGCCCAGAUGACGCGCGCGACCGAUCUCAUCUUUGGCCACGGCAAGUUUCAGUGUCUUGGGAAGCCGGUCGCGCUGAUGGAGAUUGGAAAGACCGUGUUCGAGUUGCUGCGAAACUUCGACUGGUCCGUCGCCAGGCCCCAGGAAUCGCUGCGCACUGGCAACUACGUCGGAUUAUUCUUAGACAAGCCCAUGUGGAUGCAUGCGGCUCAGAGAACUCCCGCAGCUGUGUGA